CCUCAAAAAAGUAUUUUGCACUUCUUCGUCGGAUUGUGUGUUGCUGAAAGAAAAACAAUAUUUAUUCAUAUCGUGAAUUUGGUCGCAAAGUUUAGAUACAAUUUUAAUUUAAUAGAAUCCAAAAAAAAUCAUGAAUAUACAGAUGUUUAGCAGUAGACUGCUGACAAUAGGUCAACGAUUUUCUGGUUUGUUAUUGAGUCGAACCUAUGCAAAACCAGUGAAAAAGGGUGCAGCACCAAAGGUGGGAAAAGCCGGUCCAAUCACAGAGAAGAUACAAAUAACAGUGGAAAAAGAUACUAAAAAAUUAGUGAACUAUGUUUGUGGCAGUAAUAUUUACGUUGAUGGUGAAGAUAUUAAGCUGAAACCAGAAUCCGAAUACCCUGACUGGCUUUGGGAAAUUCAUACCGGACCACCGAAAAAAUUGGAAGAAUUGGAUCCAAACUCGAAAGAAUACUGGCGACGAGUACGAAAAAUUGGAUUACGUCAAAAUAAUAGAUUAGAAAAAACUAAAAAACGUCGCUUGGUGUAAAUAAUAUGCAUUCAUUUUAUGGAAAAAACACAAACAAAAAUUAGAAUAAUAAAAAAGUCGACAAACAAUUAAAGUAGAA